ACAAACUACACAUUGGAUUUUAUGUGUUUGGCACAUCUUAUCAUAUCACACUUCAUCUUCACGGAAUCAUCACCGAAGAAAGAUGAGAAAAAACUAAAAAAUAGAGAUAUGAAAGAAAUCAAAGGCAAAUAAAAAGAAAAACAAGAAACAAAAUCUAAAAACGACUUCUUUUUCAUCAAACCCCAUCACAAAAUUCAUAUAUAAAAAAACUCAAAACCACAAAACACACAACUGCUUGGGUUUAGUAAUGUUCUUGAUUGGGGUGUUGUUACAGUUGAUUCCAAAGUCAAGACACUCUAUCUAGAUCUGCAAUCCACGAUGAUGAACAAUAUAUGGGUGAUUUUGAUGAACUUUUCCACAAUCAAUUUUGCAUAUUUUCCUUACUUUUGUUAGGGUUUUCAAUACAUGUUGCGAGUAUAACAUCGGUAUUAUGAGAUGCUGAGUUGUUGAUGUAUUAUGAGGAAGAGAUGAUGAAGUUAUCAGACUGGAAAGAAUAGAGGAUUAAAAAAAAAGAAAAAGGUUCCACAAGAUCGAAUUUUUAAAGAAAAAGAAAAGAAAUCAGGCGUAGUUUGACCGACGUAAUAUUGGAUUAACGUUUCUAGGUUUUGCCCGAGCAUUUAUUCUAAUAUUUAUGACAGUUUACAUCUCAGAUAUUUCUCCCUCUACCAUCAGAGGUGCCCUAGUUAGUACAAUUUUCUUACAAAUUGCAGGGGGGCAAAUACUUUAUCAUCUUCUCAACUGGAUAAGCUCCUCCACCCCUCAGGAAACUCGGACAUGGCAUUGGGUGAUUGCCACAAUUCUUCCUAUAAUUCAUAUUAUUUUUAUCAUAGCAGGUGGGCUUCCAGAGUCUCCUAGGUGGCUAUACCAAAAGACAUAUCCUCAGGGUUACAUUCAACAAGCGGAGGAAUCAUUAAAGAUGAUGCGGUCUUCUUCUGACGUUCUUAAAGAAGUAACAGCCAUGGAGAUGGAGUUAUCAUUAGUAGAUGAAGUUGAUCUACCCGAAAUACAACAAGAAAACGAACUGAAAUUUCUGGAUGUUAUUUGGUUGUACAAGGUUCUUGGUAGAAAAAUCAUAAUUGGUUUUGGUGCUCUUGUGGCUCAGCAAUUUGUGGGUGUAGGCAUGAUCAUGCGUUACAGCUAUGCCAUAUUUCACUUAACGACCAAUCGGUAUAAUAGUACAACAGCAAAUGGAAAUGCAGAUCCCUCUCAUCACAUCUUCCCUUGUUCUAGUUGGUACAUUAAUUUGUACCAUUUUUGUUGACCGUUUUGGGAGGCGAAGACUUCUCCUUGUUAGCAUAUGUGGAAUAAUAUCAUCUCUCGGGUUAUUAUCUUGGUUGUUCUCUAUUGGGAGCGGUAGUGUUGGAGGCAUCCUAUAUCCUUCUUUAAAUAUUAAUGUGGGAGAUGAGAAUAGAGAUUUUUGGUACAAUACUGAUGAAGAAAGAGCAUCGUUUAUGGGAUUGCUGGCAUGGUUAGUUUUCCAUUCACUGGGUAUUGGAACAGUUCCUUGGAUCAUAAACUCAGAGAUAUACCCAAUAAAAUAUAGAAUUGUCUGUUUGGCAGUGGCUAAUGUGGUUUUCUGGUGUUCAAAGAUGGUUGUUCAAGAUUUGCUUUUGGAGAGCUUGGGGCAGUAUUUUUCAGUUGGACAAAUUCUCUUUUUGUUGUGUUUGUUUUCUACAGUAGUGGGUCUUUUCAUCUAUUUUUACAUCCCAGAGACCAAGAGGUUGCAACUUGAGGACAUCGAGAAGGUUUUGCUGCAACAUGAAAAAUGUAGCAAAAUGGAUGAUAAUCAUCAGGAAGAUGGAGAACUCUAGAAAAAUCAUCAGACAAGUGAUUCAACUGUUCGAGUCAUGAUUUCUUUAUCCAUAGGCACCUACAUCAUUCAUAUCAUAAAAAGUGCAAUUUUCAGGAACUCGUAAAAGCUUCUUUUAUUGUGACGAAUCAUUAACCAGUACAGUAUUUUUUUUUGGAUUUUGAGUCUUUUACAGGAUACUUGCGGUAUAUUAUCUUUAUAUGGAAAUGCAUACUAAACUGUGUAAAGGGACAUAACAAUUAUUGAUAGUCUUUUUUUGUUUGUUU